AUGGGUGUGAGCAACAACAUCACUGCAGUGCUGAACUUCGUGGCCAUGGUUUCCUCAAUUCCCAUCAUAGCCUCCGGCAUUUGGCUCGCCUCUAAGCCCGACAACGAGUGCGUCGCCAACUUUCGCUGGCCCAUUCUCAUAAUGGGCCUCCUCGUCUUCCUCGUCUCGCUCGCGGGCUUUGUGGGUGCCUACUGGAACAAACAGGGUCUCUUGGCCCUCUACCUCUUCUCCAUGGCCCUCCUCAUCGCCAUCCUCCUCAUCCUUCUCGUUUUCGCCUUCGUCGUCACCAGACCCGACGGUACCUACGAUGUCCCCGGAAGAGCCUACAAGGAGUACAGGCUCGACGGCUUCUCUUCCUGGUUGAGGAAUCGCAUCACCGGCUCCGGCAGCUGGAACAAGAUAAGGCCCUGUUUGGCUGCUUCCGAUAUCUGCACCAAACUCACCCAGAAUUACAUCACCGCCGAUCAAUUCUUUGCUUCCCACAUCUCCCCCUUGCAGUCAGGAUGCUGCAAACCUCCCACAGGUUGUGGGUACAAUUAUGUAAGCCCCAUACUUUGGACAAACCCUGCGAAUCCUACAGCUGAUCCAGAUUGCUACUUGUGGAACAAUGAUCAAAAUCAACUAUGCUACAAUUGUAAUGCUUGCAAGGCUGGUCUAUUGGGUAACCUCAGAAAAGAAUGGAGGAAAGCAAACAUCAUUCUCAUAGUGGCAUUGGUGGUCCUCAUAUGGGUCUAUGUCAUAGCAUGUAGUGCCUUCAGGAAUGCACAAACAGAAGACCUCUUUAACCGUUACAAACAGGGUUGGGUUUGA